AUUUUUUGACGCUCGUUUGAAUAUUAAAAAUCAAAAUAUUUUUAUUAAAUUAAAACAGAAUUAAUAAAGAUAUGGCUGACAAAAGUAAAGCAGUUCCGUUCAAAAUGAAUGAUUUAGUAUGGGCCAAAAUGCCAAGCUAUUGCCACUGGCCAGGACGAAUUGUUGAGCCUAAUACGCCGCAAAUUGCAAAACUAAAGAAAAGUCCAACACAACACUGCAUUUUCUUUUUUGGAUCCAACAAUUAUGCGUGGCUUGAAGAGAAGAGUCUAAAGCCGUUUUAUGAGUUUAAAGAGGAGAUGAAGGCAAAAGGAAAGCCAAAAGAUCUUUUUGCAGCCGCUAUGAAUGAUAUUGAGUCGUUUAUUGAGAAUCCAGAGAACUUUUCAGCAUUAUUUGAGCCAAAAACGCCAGUCCAGAAAAAGAAAAGUGCACCAAAACCAAAAAUUAAGCAUGAUAUUGAAGCUGACUUUGAUAGUUUAAUAUCUGACAACAGUGUACCGUCCUCACCAAGUCCAUCAAAGACAUCCACACAAAUAACAUCCCGUAAGUCUAUCGAUAAACCAAAAUCUGAAAAAGUACCUCAAACGAAACGUAAAUCAACUCGCGAAUCUGACACAUUACUUAAUGAGGACAUGGACAUUGAACCAACAGCACAACCAGCAGCUAAGAAACCAAGAAAAUCAUCUCAAGCACCAAUUUCAUCUCCAAAACCAAAUGAAAAGAAUCCAGAAGAGUCAAGACGUCGAUCAGAUGUAACUGAUGCAGCAAAGGCUUUAAAGUCACCACGUCGUACUGAAGCAUCAUUGAAUGUUUAUGGCUUAAUUGGUGUUGGAAUUAUGGGAAGUACAAUUUUGGAGAACUUACUAGCCAGUGGACAUGAAGUUGUCAUUUACAAUCGUACACAAUCAAAAUGUGAGACAUUCAUAGCUGAAAAGUGCACAAUGGCUGGAAGUCCGCGAGAAGUAUUUGAGCAGUCUUAUGUGACAUUCGUUUGUGUCUCUGACUGUGAUGCAGUCAAGGAAGUUGUGUGUGACGGUGAACGUGGUAUUAUUGCAGCUGAUUGUGGUGGAAUUGAGAAAGGUUUGGUCAUGCUAAGUUCAGUUGAUUGUGAGACAUCGCGUGACAUUCACGGUGCUGUUUUGAUGAAAGAUUGUCGUUAUUUAGAGGCACAGAUUCAAGGAUCAAAGACAGAAGUUAAAGAGGGUAAAUCAAUUGUCAUAUCAGCUGGUGAGAAGUCAUUGCAUGAUGACUGUAAGACAUGCUUCAAUUCAUUUGCUAAAAAUACAUAUUAUUUGGGUGAGGAACCAGAAACUGCUGUAAAAAUGAAUUUAGUCCUUCAAUCAAUGGCUGGUGUACAAUUAGCAGCUCUGACUGAGGCAUUGACAUUAGCUGACUCACUUGGACUACAAUUACGUGACAUACUCGAGAUCAUUGGCUUGAGUAAUUUAAAUUCAGACUUUAUUGCUGAAAAAGGACUCGUUAUUGUGGACGAGAAGUUCCGUGAACCAUCCAAAAAAGUUGACACGAUGCAAAAUGAUCUAAAAAUGGCACUUGAAUUCGGUGAUACUUUAGAGCAACCAUUACCACUUGUUGGAGCAUCAAAGGAGGUCUUUAAGUCAGCCAAACGAAUGGGAUUUGGAUCAGAAGAUUGCGCUGCUGUCUAUUUUGCGCUUAAUUUCAAUAAAUAUUGUUAUGACUAUGGGAAUUAUACCGAGAAUGGAACCAUGUAAAUGGUUCAAACAAAAAACAAUUUAAGUGCAAAAAAAGGAAUCAGCAGUAAUAUCAAGUUCUGAUAAAUAUUUUUAAACAGUUAUUUUUAUAAGAAACGUGAAACUUUAGGACAAAAAUUAUUUUUUCUUCAUUUAUAUUAAGUUUUUGCUCUUUAUUUUGUUCAACUAGAUCAUUUCCUUUUAAUAUUUUAAGUAAAGUAGAUUUUUUUUUGGCAACCUUUUAUGCUCGGAAAGCAUUCAUAUUUAAAGAAGAAUGUAAAAUUAUUAACAGAAACAGAAAAUUUAUCAAUAAAAUAAC